CCACUAAAGCUGGUUACUACACUCCCUCCAUUUAGUUCCUUUGAUAGAAGCAGCAGAACUGCAGCUUUUUCAGCUACUUCCUUGUCCAGUGUGUAGAGCCAACCCCCCUGAACGCUCCUUUUCUCUCUGCCUGUGGAGACCUGAUAGAGGUGUACUCACUGCCUCUGAUCCAAUGGCAUGGCAGCAGGUUUGAGGUCUUCAUAGUCCGAGAGAGAAGGAGUGUGUCGGGGGCGGAGUUUCAGAGAUCAGGUGUUGCUGUCAAAUGAUACAGGUGAAAGGAAAGAAACAGGUGUUAAUAAAUACCUGGCCUAGAGCAGCUCAUAUGUGACUUGUACACAGACACAGAGUAAGAAUAUGGAAGGGGAAUUCCAGGAGGAAAAUCACUGCACAGACUGGGCUGGUGCAGUCUCAGACCACAUGGGGUGGAGCCGGAAGUCUCAGUCAGACGUAGGAGCCGGUUUAUACUGGUCUUUGGCGCCAUUUUCUGAACAAAGAGAGACGUGCCUACAGCUGCAGUUCUACUGGGAACCUUCUGCUUUUAUACACGAUUAUGGCUCUGAGGUGUUGCUGGCUGUUUGGGAUCUUGUUGCUUUAUUUAAGAUCAGUAAAAGGUGAAGUCAUGUACGUGAGUGGGAUACUGAAUCAGUCUGUAACGAUGGUCCCUGGCCCAUUCGAUGGUAUGGUCGACUGGUACUUCAAUGGGCAAUGGCAGGAUGCAGACAAUAGAACAGCGGUAUUAUCCUCGAAUGGGGGGGACUUACUGGAUCGUGUGCAUGACGGAUACAGCGAUCGAGUUCAGCCUUCAUAUAAUGGAUCUCUUACUAUUCCUAACUUGAGGAGAGAGGACAAUGGCUGGUACAAGUCUGAGACUGGCACAAACAAAACUUUCAAAAACAUUCUUUUCUACCUCAAUGUUUAUGAUAAAGUAGAAGAGAAUGUUAAUAAAGAAGCCAAGGGAAUGGUCAGCUUCUCAAUGCCCUGCAUAGUCAGUGGGAGACUGUUGUACCACGGGGCAGAUAUGCACAAUAACAACCCCAAGGAAGUGUUACACUGUGAUAAUAAGUCAUCCCCAGGUCAUGUGACUGAUAUGUACCAAACCCGCCUGGUGCCAUCUUGUAAUGGAUCCUCAGACCUGACAGAUCUCCGAGAGGAAGAUGGUGGGCUUUACACCUGGGAAUGUGAAGGGACCAAUGUCUAUGAUAUUCACCUCACUGUGAGGGGUGCAGCUAAAAAACAGAGAACACGGACAUGGUUAAUUGUUUCACCACUUGCUAUGCUCUUUAUUGGUGGUUUUCUAUGGUGCUGGAAGAGAAAGUCAAAGGGCUCUGUGUGUAGAAGGAAACAAGGAAGGAGCUUGGAGACGUAUGUAGAAGUGAGACAGAAUGAAGACAAUCAGACCUUGGAAGCAAGUGGAAAACAUUCUCAUCCAAAUGGAAACACAAAGAAAAACUUAAAUGAAGAACUGAUUGUGGAUGAUACCAAAAGAAUGGAGGAGGCACCUGAGCCCCCAGUAAAUAACAAAAACCCAGAAGCUGGAACAAAUGGAGCAGGGGGAAACAAUACAGAGGAAAAUUGCUCCCCCAGUGACACCAAAAUAUCUGGGAUAGGGGAAGAAGCUGCAAUGACUCCAAGGAAUGUUGUAGAGUUUGGAAAAACAAAUAAGAAUGUAAUGGACUGUGAGACAAUGGAACCCGACAUUAUUACAGAACAUCCAAAGAAAAAGACUUGGAAACCAAUCAGCACUUCUACGUCAGAUAUUAUUAGAAAUAACACAAUUAAUAAGGAUAAAAGGGAAAUGGAUCCAGGGGGGAAACACAUUGAACCUAUUAAUGGUAUAAUUAAUGGACAUUUAAGUAAACGUGAAUUACCUUCAAUCAAUGACAGUGGAAUCGAAGUUGAUUAUAAUGAGACAGAUAUAAGUGAAGUAGAGGGAAAAUAUAGAAAUAAGUUAUCUCAUUUGGAUAAAAGUAAACUCGAGAAACAGCCAGUUAUUACUUGUAGCACAGAGCAGACAGAUAAAAGGGAUAUAAUAACUGAAAGUGGUACCUUCACUGAUAUAGACAGUGACCCAGUGAUAUAUAAGGGAGGAGAGGGACAGGGGCAUGGAGAUAAAGCAACUCUAGAUCCUGAUAAUCACUUCAAUGAUUGCUAUAAUGUCUAUGAUAGUGGCAAAUUACCUUUUCCAAACAGUAUAAUAGAGGGGUACAACCAUGAUGGGGAUAUUGGUAAAACAGCCAUAGAUCCUGGCCUAUUCACUAGUGAUAUGGGAAGCCAAGAGACAGCUAUGGGCAAAUAUGGACCUAUGAAUGGUUGGUGUAAAAUUGAUAUUGAUAAUAAUAAUGAAGAUUAAGGGAGUUGCAAAACCAGAUUGAGUUCAAUGGUUAUGAAUAUGUCCGGGGGAUAUCUUUCUUUCUGGAUAGUUAUGCGUCAGGGCCAAUGCAACUGAGAUGGCAAAACAUAAUUACAGUCUCAGGUCAUGUGCUAUUGUCAGUCAGGCUUUCCUGGAGGCAAAAUCUAAUUAAACAUAUUGUGAUACUGA